AUUCUAAAAAUGGAAAGUUCAGUGUCCAUAAAUUUAUUCAUUUUAUUCGUCAGAGAACAAUCAACAAGUAUGUGACAGUAGUGGGAAGUGGAACGUAAGCGGAUUUGUCGUAGUGAGGUAAUAAAUUUCCCUGUGGAGACUUUUAUGUAUUAUUAUAAUUGUAAUUAUUUUUCCUUGUGACGAAAUUAAACCCAAUGUCCAUUAGUAGGUCACUGGGUCAUUUUUGCAAAUGCAAGAGGAAAUCCACUAUAAGUGUAUAGUACUAUAAUGUGUCUGAAUUGGUUUUGUUUCUGUGUGUAUUAUAAAGGCUGGAGUGGGUAUUCUACCAUUGGCGAUCAUUCCAGUUCAUCUAUCAACACCAUGAACGACAAGUCAAGCCAAAAAGUUGAAUUUGAUACAUAUGAAGACUAUACCAAACUGUCUAAGGAUGAUAAUACUGAAAAAACUGCCGCCAUGGUGUCACAAGCAGAAAUUCGUCAAGGAGAUAAAAAAUUUACAGUAUAUUCUUUUUUAUACAUACAUAAAACAAAAUUAAGAUAGGUCUAGAUAUCUGUAUAUCUAAUCUAUGUACUAUAUUAAACACUGUGUGUUCCAGGUUUAUAAAGUUAUAAUUUGGUCAAAAAAUGAAUGUUGGCAUGUAUUCAGACGUUACAAUGAAUUCUACAAGCUUUCUGCAGUUUUAAAAAAACAAGUAAAGCCAAAGAUUUUAUUUCUUUAUUUUAUUUAUUAACAAAUAUUAAUUUUACAGGCACCUGAUUUAAACUUGAAAAUUCCAGGUAAGAAGUUGUUUUGUAACAACAUGGACCCUUCAUUUAUUGCUUCUCGUCGAGAAGGUCUUGAUCAAUUUGUACAUCGUUUAAUGCAUCAAAAAAAUUUACUAAACAUGUAAGCUUAACUAACUAUCGCUUGAAAGUACUCAUAUUAUCGUGUUCAUGUAUUGCUUAUUAAAUUAGGAUUUUGAAUACCUUUGCUAAUAAAAGUUAUACAGAUGAUAUUAACAAAUCAGUGGUGCUGAAGUAGUUUAAAAAUUUCUGGCAAACAAGGCAAUAUUGUAUUAUAUUGGUCUUCUUUGGAUAUAAAAUACUACAGUACUCAUAGACCAUAGACUCAUUUCUCACCUCUAGCACUACCAAAAAAUUUGGUUAGGCAUUCGCCUUUCCUGUAGCCCAAGUUCAGCGCCACUGUAACUAAUCAAGAAAUUCCUCAACUAAGUCGUUUACUAUUAUUAUUUUAAUAAACCACAGAUUAAUAUAGGAUAAUAUCUUAGUCUAUAGCAUAAUUACUGCAAUCGUCUUAUUUUUAUUUUUAUAUGUUAAUAAUGGUAUACAGGUAUUUAUGAAAAAAAACUGAUAAAUACAUAUCUAUAUACAUCAAAAUUUUUAAUAUUUUUAUAUUUGACUUUAUAAGCAAUAUUAUUAAUAUGAGCUAAAUAAAUCUAAACAUUCUUAAAAACAAAAUUGUAUUUAUACAUUAAUUUUUUCAUUUUCAUAUUUUAAUUAUCAGUUAGGAACAUUUACAUUUAUUUUAAUUUUUAGAAAUUAUUAAUGAAAAAGAACCUAAACUAUCUAACGUUUGUUAAUAUUGUUAUGUUAUAUUAUUACUGUAUGCUACAUGUAUAUGGUUUGAAAAUGAAAAUGGUUUAUAUUCUUCAAAAAAAAAUUUAAAAAAAUAUGAUCAAUUACAGAGAAAAGUUGUUGCCUCUUUAUAUUCUUCUUGAGCUUUUCAUUAGUGUGGACAUUGUUAUGUUUGCGAUAAUAUAAAAUAUUUUAUAAUUUUUAAUUUACCAUAUAAAACUAAGUAGAUACAUAAAUAAAACAAAAAUACAUUCUAAGUCGUGUUUUUGUAAAAAAAAUUUUAGUACAUAAAUAUGAAUUUAAUACUACUAAUAGUUUACAAGUAGUAAUUUAAGUUUAGAUUAUUAAUUAUUAUUAUUUAAAGUUAGGCUAAUUUUGGUUUCUUAAAUCGAGUCUUCUAUUAAUUUUUUCAAGUAGAAUUUAAAAAUUGAGUACUCGAAUUCUUAAGUAGCGACUCUAAAUUAAACAUAAAUAUCAUUAACCUAAUACUUAAAUAUUACAAUAAAAAUCUAUAUUUUGUAAAAUAAAAAUCAUCAGCAUAGUAUUCUUAUUGACAAUAUCUAGGUUUGAAGAUAUGUAUACCCAGUUAUUACACUUUUUUUUUUUUAAAUAAAACUAUUAGUACUUCGGUACCAAAAAAAAAUUUGUCGAGUUAAUUACUCAACCAACUCUAUCAUUAUUAAUUGAAAUUUUACAUUAAUUUUCAGAUUAUAUUGUAAUAAUUCAUACAAAUUCAAAUCAGUUUGAAAUUUAUUUUGGAAUACAUGAAUUAAUAGUUUUUUUUUAAUUUUUCGCUCCAUGAAAAAAAUAAUGUUGUUUUUUCAGAAUUGAAGUUCGAACAUUUUUUAACUUGGACACUAAAAUUAAAGAACCAGAUAGACCAAAUUUAUUUAAAUGUUCUGGUACCAUCAAUUUAGGACCUUCAGAAAGACCAUCGUAAGUAGUAAAGCCUCAAUUGUAUUGCCAUAUUCUAUUAAAUAUAUAUUAUAUAAAUUAUUUAAAUGUCUUGGGUGCUCUCACAAAUCUUAUCAAUAGAGUAAUGCACCCUGCAUUACUAAUAAUUUGGCUGCACUCCAGUCAUAUAUUCAAAAAAAGUUAAAGGUCUUAAUGUCAUACCAUUUAAGAAUUAUUCAUUAACAAUUUUAUUUAUGAGUAUAAUAUACAAUUCAUUAAUAUAAUAUGUUAGUUUAAUAAAAAGUUGUAUGUUUUGUAAUCCAUAUAUUUUUUUUUCAAAUAAUAAAUAAUCAUUAAUUUAUAAUAUGCAACAACAGUGUAGAUUCAAAAUUAUAUCAAAUCAAACGUAAUUAUAGAAAAAAAAAACCUUGAUUUUUAUUAUAUUUUUAAACUAAUUAAUUAUGUUAUAAAUUCUAGUGCUAAUCCGUCAGAUUUUGUAUUUCUGAGUAUUAUUGGAAAAGGUAGUUUUGGUAAAGUAUAUUUGGCAGAACACAAGAAUGAGUCCAUUCAUUACGCUAUUAAAGUGCUUGAUAAAAAACACAUAUUAGCUAGAAACGAAGUUAAACAUAUCAUGUGUGAACGUAAUGUACUUCUCAAAAAUAUUAAUCAUCCAUUUCUUGUUGGUCUUCACUACAGCUUCCAAACCAAAGAUAAACUUUACUUUGUGCUUGAUUUUAUAAAUGGUGGAGAGGUAAAUUAAUGAAAUAUUUUAUGUUUUAUUUAUAAUAGUCUAAUUUAUGUGUUAUUUUUAGUUAUUCUAUCAUUUACAAAAAGAAGUAAGAUUCUCAGAAAUCAGAGCCAAGUUCUAUGCUGCUGAAAUAGCAUCAGCUCUAGGAUAUCUUCACUCCAGUGGUAUUAUUUACAGAGAUCUCAAACCAGAAAACUUAUUACUUGACCAGGAAGGACAUUUGGUUCUUACUGAUUUUGGUUUUUGUAAAGAAGGACUCGUCGGAACCGAAACAACAAAUACAUUUUGUGGAACUCCAGAGUAUCUUGCUCCUGAAAUAAUCAGAAAAGAAGUAACUUUUGCAAAAAAAAAUAUCUUACCAAAUCAAAUGUUUCAACAUAUACUGUUUGUUUAGGCAUAUGGUAGAUCAGUGGACUGGUGGUGUCUUGGUGCAGUUCUUUAUGAAAUGUUGUUUGGACUUCCACCAUUUUAUAGUUUGAAUGUACAAGAAAUGUAUAAUUUAGUUUUACAUAGUAGAUUGAAGAUAAAAGGACCUGUAUCAUCACAAUGUAAAAAUUUAUUAUACAAGGUUUGGGAGUAUACAUUUUAAAUUAAGGAUUACAUAAAUUAAAAUCAACAUUUUUAAAAUUAUUUUUAGUUAUUGGAAAAACAAAGUAAUAAAAGACUAGGUAGUAAUAUUCAAGAUUUUAACGAGGUAAAAAAGCAUUCAUUUUUCAAAACAAUUAACUGGGAUGAUUUAUUGAAUAAACGUAUUACACCACCAUUUCAACCCCAACUGGUAAAAUAUAUUAUAGUAAUAUUAGUAUACCUAUUUAGCAUUCACAGUAUUUAAAAAUUAACUAUGAUAACCUAAUGCGUAUGAUUAUAAAAUUAACUGUAUUAAAAUGUAAUUAAUUUUGUUGGUUGUAUCAUAGAACAGCACAUGUGAUCUGCAAUAUAUUGACCCACAAUUUACUAAGGAAUCUGUCAGUUCAUCCAUGUCGUCAUUUUGUGUGGAAAAUCUACCGCCUAAUAAACAAGACCUAGAUAAUGUGUUUGCCGGUUUUUCAUAUACUCCUCCAUCUAGUUUAGAGUAGUGAUAAACCGACCACAAUCGUUCCUACCCUAAACUCUUAGUAUUUAAUAAGUAUAAAUUAUCGACCAGCGUGUCUUGACUCAUUGAGUCUAUACUAUCUAGUACCUACAACUUCUUAUUCUAGUUAUUAGCUGUGAUUAUACUAUAUCAAAAGUAUUUAUAAUUUUAAGAGGCAAUGGAUCAUAUGUUCAUAUUAAAUUACAUUCCAUUUUUAAUAUUCAGAUAUUCGUGUCCGUGCAUUAAUUAUGUAUUUUAAUUAGUCAGGGUUUUUAUUUCUAAAUUUAAAAAAAUAUUACAAGCACAAUCACUAUUUUAUAAUAAUCUAAUUAUCUAUUGUUAAAAUAAUAUUUCACUGCCAAAACGUUGUGAUGAAAAUACUAUUAAUAUUCUUAAUUUUCUGUAAAAAAUAUAAUUAUCACAAAUUAGUAUUUAACCCAAUUUGUUAUCAUCAGGAACCAUUAUUUUAAAAUUAAUUAAUUAAAUUUUCUGUCAUAAAUAUAGUGUAUUUUUUUUUUUUUUUUUUUAUCAGGAUAUUAACACAUUAUAUUUUUAUACUAGAAGUAAUUAUAUUAAAAUAUAAUUAUAUUAUAUUGAUGAGGUAUUGUUAAAAUGAUUGUAAAACUUUUUAUUCGUUUACUAGAAUAUACCUAUUACCUAAUAAUAUAUUAUAUGCCUAUCUAUAAUAGCCAAUAGGUAUGUAUUUUCUAUUGCCUCUAACCUAGUUAUUAUAUUGGAAAUAUUACUAUAUACUAUUAUUAUGAUUAAAAUAAUAUAAAGUUAGACUAAGGCAUAUUUAUUGACUAUGAAAUAUAUACUAUUGAUAUAUUGAUUAUUGUUAACAAUUAUAUUGGACACUGCCAUAACAUAUUGAUUAUAAUUGAUUAUUUGUUUUAGUUAGGAUUAACUUAUUGCAAUCUAAUAUUCCACAAAUAUUGUAUAACAUACAUUUACUAUCCUAUUUAUUUAUUAUAUUUAACUUUAAAAAAAAAAGUGUGCAAUUAUAUAAAAUAUUUUCCUUUAAACCUUUAAUUUUUGAUUUAAAUACUAAUACUCUAGUUGAAAAUUAUAAAAGACAGUAUUAUUAAUCUCUUAUUGUUAUAUAAUUUAAAUAUAUAUAUAUUUAUUCUUGUCGAAAUAUUUAUCUAAUUGUUACGUAAAACUAUGAUAUUGUUUAUGUAUUUUAAUUGUUUUACA